AUGUUUUCUCUUUGUAAUGGAGAAAAUGAAGAAAAAGAAAAAUUUAAUGGAGAAUCUUCAAUUGAUUGGACACAUCCAGCUUUGGUUGUUGGUUCUAGAGCACAUUUGGCAGAUGAGGCGAUAGCUAAACGUUCACUUUUGAGAACUGUUUUAAUGUUGGGAUUUCAUGCAAUGGUUUGGGUAUUUACAGUUCGGACAGUCCGUGAUACACAAUGUGGUUUUAAAUUAUUCAGUCGUUCUGCCGCUGCCAAAUUAUUUUCUCAACAACGAAUUGAAAGAUGGGCUUUUGACGUAGAAUUAAUUUAUCUGGCAGAACGUUUAAAUUUUUCUAUUGCCGAAGUUUGUGUUGAAUGGGAAGAAAUUGACGGUUCUAAACUUACUCCUUUAUUGGCUGGAUUGCAAAUGGGAAGAGAUAUUUUAUUAUUAUGGUUUAGAUAUACUUUUGGGUUUUGGACUAUUUCUCAAAAUUAA